AUGGCCGAAGGCGGAGCCCAGGAUGCGGAAGAUGCGGAAGCCAAGCUGGGCACGAAGAUCCAUGCCAACUUAGAUCCGGACGCUCGAAGAGCAUCUGAAGUGCCUGCGCAGGAGCUGUCUUGGAGUGUGACCUCCGGGUCUUGCACCUUGCAGAGUGAUGGGUGCAUCAGCAGUUCGGGCUACCCGAACUCCUAUCCGAACAACGACUUCUGCAAUAUCCAAGUGAGCACGGGCAAUCGGAAGUCUCUCCAAGUUUUGGCUUUCAACGUGGAGGCUUAUCAUGACAGGCUUGUGGUCGAUGGCUUCCACAUUGUCGAGAGUGUCUUUGACGACAUUGUGCCGCAAGACUCCCUGCAAUGGACCUCGGAUGGAAGCGUCACGGCUUCUGGCUGGAAAAUCUGUUUGGUCGUGACAAUUCUUAGCAUGUCAUGUGAUUUCGAAUCCACUCUUUGUUCCUGGCUAGCAUCAAACACUCCCGGUUCGAUGACAUCAGCGUGGACGCGUGUCAACGGCGCAGACACCAACAUAGAUGGUUCUGGUUGGUACCUGCGCGCCGCAAGCAACAGCUCGCAGGACGUGGUCCUGGAGAGCGUCCCUGACAUGGUCAUCACUGACAAGCUCGUGGCCUUCUCCUUCGGCUUCCAGAUCAGUGGGUCGGAGGCGACGACGCUGCAGCUGGAUUGCCAAGCCUCAGAGAACAGUAGCUGGCUGAGUCUGUGGACCCAGCAUGCCAGCCAGAUCUCCUCCUCGUGGCAGGACGCGAUCGUGGUUGUUCCUGCCGGGACCGCUCGCCUGCGGCUGUUGGCGCGGCUCGCAGAACCAAGUGAUAUGGUUGGUCUGGACUCGGUGCAGACGUUGGUCGUCGUCCCAAGCGCGGAGAAUGCAAGUUGCAACUUCGACGAGGAUGCAUGCGGCUGGAUUUGUGGCGGCCAGGCGUGGAAGCGCAAUACUGGGGAGACGCCGAGUUGGGGGACUGGGCCAAGAUACGCGGCCGAAGGCAGCCACUACAUCUACCUAGAGUCGACAGGCCGAGAGCAUCAGGCGUUCACCUUGACCAGUCCCUUGUUCAGCACGCGCGCGUCCAGAAUUCUCAUGAGCUUUGCCUACCACCUUUACAGCCAUGAGUCUAUGGGAGACCUGGAGCUUCAAUAUUUUGAUGGGGCCGGCUGGAUGGGAUACUGGAGCGUGUCCGGAAGUCAAGGCGAUGAGUGGUAUCUCGCACAGGUCCUCCUGCCUCCCGAAGUGGUAGCCGUGCGCUUCCUUGGCACGACGCGGGGCGGCCAGAGCGACAUGGCUAUCGACGACAUCAACUUGGGUUCGUUCAACGUCUCAAUUGUCGACCUGUCAUGCAACUUUGAAACUGACUUUUGCUGGUGGCCCUUAGCGAGCUCUUCCAUAGGGUCGGCUUGGGAACGCGUCGCAGGCUCAAGUAGCUCUGCCCUGCCUGCAGCCCAUGCUGGAGACUGGUACUUGCGAGCCGCAAGCAACAGCUCGCAGGACGUGGUCCUGGAGAGCGUCCCUGACAUGGUCAUCACUGACAAGCUCGUGGCCUUCUCCUUCGGCUUCCAGAUCAGUGGGUCGGAGGCGACGACGCUGCAGCUGGAUUGCCAAGCCUCAGAGAACAGUAGCUGGCUGAGUCUGUGGACCCAGUAUGGCAGCCAGAGCUCCUCCUCGUGGCAGGAGGCGAUCGUCGUGGUUCCUAUCGGGACUGCUCGUCUGCGGCUGUUGGCGCGGCUCGCAGAACCAAGUGAUAUGGUUGGUCUGGACUCGGUGCAGACGUUGGUCGUCGUCCCAAGCGCGGAGAAUGCAAGUUGCAACUUCGACGAGGAUGCAUGCGGCUGGAUUUCUGGCGGCCAGGCGUGGAAGCGCAAUACUGGGGAGACGCCGAGUUGGGGGACUGGGCCAACAAACGCGGCCGAAGGCAGCCACUACAUCUACCUAGAGUCGACAGGCCGAGAGCAUCAGGCGUUCACCUUGACCAGUCCCUUGUUCAGCACGCGCGCGUCCAGAAUUCUCAUGAGCUUUGCCUACCACCUUUACGAAAACAACGAUUAUGGCUAUGGUCUUUGGGAUGACAUGGGUGACCUGGAGCUUCAAUAUUUUGAUGGGGCCGGCUGGAUGGGAUACUGGAGCGUGUCCGGAAGUCAAGGCGAUGCGUGGUAUCUCGCACAGGUCCUCCUGCCUCCCGAAGUGGUAGCCGUGCGCUUCCUUGGCACGACGCGGGGCGGCCAGAGCGACAUGGCUAUCGACGACAUCAACUUGGGUUCGUUCAACGUCUCAAUUGUCGACCUGUCAUGCAACUUUGAAACUGACUUUUGCUGGUGGCCCUUAGCGAGCUCUUCCAUAGGGUCGGCUUGGGAACGCGUCGCAGGCUCAAGUAGCUCUGCCCUGCCUGCAGCCCAUGCUGGAGACUGGUACUUGCGAGCCGCAAGCAACAGCUCGCAGGACGUGGUCCUGGAGAGCGUCCCUGACAUGGUCAUCACUGACAAGCUCGUGGCCUUCUCCUUCGGCUUCCAGAUCAGUGGGUCGGAGGCGACGACGCUGCAGCUGGAUUGCCAAGCCUCAGAGAACAGUAGCUGGCUGAGUCUGUGGACCCAGUAUGGCAGCCAGAGCUCCUCCUCGUGGCAGGAGGCGAUCGUCGUGGUUCCUAUCGGGACUGCUCGUCUGCGGCUGUUGGCGCGGCUCGCAGAACCAAGUGAUAUGGUUGGUCUGGACUCGGUGCAGACGUUGGUCGUCGUCCCAAGCGCGGAGAAUGCAAGUUGCAACUUCGACGAGGAUGCAUGCGGCUGGAUUUCUGGCGGCCAGGCUUCUCACAUCUUCGCAUGGUGUCAAAGGGAGUCGGGUCCGUCGGGUCAAGAUAGAGGCUUCCUCCCCUUCCCCCGCAUCCACUACAUCUACCUAGAGUCCUCUGGUCGAGCUCAGCCUCAGGCGUUCACCUUGACCAGUCCCUUGUUCAGCACGCGCGCGUCCAGAAUUCUCAUGAGCUUUGCCUACCACCUUUACGAAAACAACGAUUAUGGCUAUGGUCUUUGGGAUGACAUGGGUGACCUGGAGCUUCAAUAUUUUGAUGGGGCCGGCUGGAUGGGAUUUUGGAGCGUGUCCGGAAGUCAAGGCGAUGAGUGGUAUCUCGCACAGGUCCUCCUGCCUCCCGAAGUGGUAGCCGUGCGCUUCCUUGGCACGACAGCGGUCGGCCGGAGCGACAUGGCUAUCGACGACAUCAACUUGGGUUCGUUCAACGUCUCAAUUGUCGACCUGUCAUGCAACUUUGAAACUGGCUUUUGCUUGUGGUCCUUAGCGAGCUCUUCCAUAUCCGUAGGGUCGGCUUGGGAACGCGUCGCAGGCUCAAGUACCUCUGCCCUGCCUGCAGCCCAUGCUGGAGACUGGUACUUGCGAGCCGCAAGCAACAGCUCGCAGGACGUGGUCCUGGAGAGCGUCCCUGACAUGGUCAUCACUGACAAGCUCGUGGCCUUCUCCUUCGGCUUCCAGAUCAGUGGGUCGGAGGCGACGACGCUGCAGCUGGAUUGCCAAGCCUCAGAGAACAGUAGCUGGCUGAGUCUGUGGACCCAGUAUGGCAGCCAGAGCUCCUCCUCGUGGCAGGAGGCGAUCGUCGUGGUUCCUGUCGGGACUGCUCGUCUGCGGCUGUUGGCGCGGCUCGCAGAACCAAGUGAUAUGGUUGGUCUGGACUCGGUGCAGACGUUGGUCGUCGUCCCAAGCGCGGAGAAUGCAAGUUGCAACUUCGACGAGGAUGCAUGCGGCUGGAUUUCUGGCGGCCAGGCUUCUCACAUCUUCGCAUGGUGUCAAGGGGAGUCGGGUCCGUCGGGUCAAGAUAGAGGCUUCCUCCCCUUCCCCCGCAACCACUACAUCUACCUAGAGUCCUUUGGUCGAGAGCCUCAGGCGUUCACCUUGACCAGUCCCUUGUUCAGCACGCGCGCGUCCAGAAUUCUCAUGAGCUUUGCCUACCACCUUUACGAAAACAACGAUUAUGGCUAUGGUCUUUGGGAUGACAUGGGUGACCUGGAGCUUCAAUAUUUUGAUGGGGCCGGCUGGAUGGGAUACUGGAGCGUGUCCGGAAGUCAAGGCGAUGCGUGGUAUCUCGCACAGGUCCUCCUGCCUCCCGAAGUGGUAGCCGUGCGCUUCCUUGGCACGACACGGGGCGGCCGGAGCGACAUGGCUAUCGACGACAUCAACUUGGUUUCGUUCAGCGUCUCAGUCUCAAUUGUCGACCUGUCAUGCAACUUUGAAACUGACUCUUGCUGGUGGCCCUUAGCGAGCUCUUCCAUAGGGUCGGCUUGGGAACGCGUCGCAGGCUCAAGUACCUCUGCCCUGCCUGUAGCCCAUGCUGGAGACUGGUACUUGCGAGCCGCAAGCAACAGCUCGCAGGACGUGGUCCUGGAGAGCGUCCCUGACAUGGUCAUCACUGACAAGCUCGUGGCCUUCUCCUUCGGCUUCCAGAUCAGUGGGUCGGAGGCGACGACGCUGCAGCUGGAUUGCCAAGCCUCAGAGAACAGUAGCUGGCUGAGUCUGUGGACCCAGUAUGGCAGCCAGAGCUCCUCCUCGUGGCAGGAGGCGAUCGUCGUGGUUCCUAUCGGGACUGCUCGUCUGCGGCUGUUGGCGCGACUGGCUGCGCCCAGAGAUUUUGCGUGUGUGGACUCUCUGCAGUUGCUGAACGUCUCCACAACGGUGAUGAAUGCCAGUUGCGACUUUGUGGUGGAUGCAUGUGGCUGGAAGUCUGAGUCUGAGGCAGGGUUCAAAGUUUUGGAGACCACGGUCUUUGCCUCGUAUCAAGAAAAGUUGGUCCCUGGCCAGGACUGGGCGGUGGUAAAUGCGUUCAGCGGCUACAUCCAGUCGAGCAUUUCUACUGAUUCUACUGCUACUUUUGAGGUGCGGCUCUGGCAACACGUGCUAACACAGCUUUCCAGGGGGCACGCGAAGAAAUAA